UUGUUGAAUAAUGCAAGAAAGAUUUUGGGUGCUGGUGGAAAAGCUCGAAUAAAAUACACUCUAACUCCGAUUAUAUUCGAACUCUAUAAGCUCAUAUUGCGAUUUGUCGAUCUAAAGGAUGAGGAAAACUGGGAAGCGAAAAUGCGGAAAAUGUUUAUGUGUGCUAUGGGAACGAUUGGUGCAUUGAUCACAACUGCAGAGAUGUCAGACUUACCGUUGAAGCUGUACCUGGAGGGUGCUAUGGUUGCUGACAAAGUGCCUCUGCCCGAUGCCUCAUCCGUUGUCUACGAAUUUAUUUCGAAGGAAAGAGUUGAAAUUCAGGCCAUGUCUGUAUUCGAGGACGAGAUUGCGGAAUCUAGAGAACGGAUCAGUGCUAUGUCACUGAUUGCGGGUACUAUGUUGGAAAUAAAGAAUUUGCCAUCAGACAGCUGGCACACACUUGCUGGGCAGAUUGUGGUCGCCGCCUCGGCUAAAAUGUUCAAGAAGGCUGAUCAAGUACGAACGCUUUGCACUGUGGUGUCGCUGUAUUGGAAGGGUCAAACCGCGGACUCUGAUGGCACUAUGAGGAAUGGUGACAAAGUUGUAGAGGUGAUGAAGAAGGCUGCGAAGGUCAGCGCACUUGAAUUUUUAAUUCCAAAUACCUAUUGUUAG